AUGGCCGCAGUCCCAGUUUGUCUGCUACUGCUGCUGCUUCGUAUUGCACAUGGAGUCGCAGGAUCUCUGUUGACCUACUCGGGCCUUCAAAUAGCGGAUCUCAACGUUUUGCUCCCCCCUCGCAUGACGAAUCCUGUGCACUACCGUCUGCUUGGCACCGGCGGGUGCUUCUCUUGGUAUUGUGCUCUUUACUCAUUUGUUUUCCGUUGUGGUUUUUUUCUAUUUUCGUCUCUUAUGAUUAUGUUUUUAAUUGUAAAGUCGUGGCUAAAGCUGUCAAACCUGCGAUUUAGUCCUACUAGAUUUCUGAAGUGAAGUUCAUUACGUCGACGGGAGUAGACACUGACUCCCCUCUUCAGGAAAUUCAUACUAAAAUGAUAAUGUGAUUAUUCACAGUGGACGAACUGUUCUGUCGUGCUGUGAUGUUUAUAUGUGAAACUUUUAGAAUUUUGACAAAACAGUUGCCAUUAUUCUCUAGGACAUGGGAUCAUCACGACAUUCUACACGUUGAACCUGAAUAUAAUGGCACAAGUCGGUGUUCCACGAGUGCUCGUCUGGUGUCCAUUGCCCCUUACAGCGGACGAAAGGAGACGGCAGUUUAUGCUGCUGACAUCAAUAGUGGAACUGUAAUUCGCUGUGAAGUCUUCAUCGACAACAUUUCAAGGAUUCAGAUAUUUCACCACUCUGUUAAGCUUGACUUAGAUGGACUCGCUACUCUCCAAAUCCGUGCAUUUGAUAGUGAAGGUACUUAUCUGUCAUCCAAUUGGUUGACGGAUGUCUAUUUUUCUUAAUUCUUGAACUAAGCGUCAUUACUUUUUGCACAUCCUUUCUCUUGUUUUCCUAUUAUAAAGUGCCCCAUUUUUAUCACUUGGUUUGAAUAAUUGAUUUUAAAAAGUAUUUUUUUUCAUUUGCUUGAUAUUUGCACUUAAAAUGUGGGCUGCAGUAAACUGUGGUAAGACGUUACGAUUACUGAUUCUCCCAGAUGGCAUUUUCAAUUCCUUUUUUCUCUUAGAUCAUUUAGGAAAUCUUAGCUUUAUUUGCCUAUCAUGUCAUAUUGCUCUUUGAAACGAAACAUUCAUCCUAUAAUGGUUUUGGCAAUUUUGCAUUUCUUUAGAUGACUCCUCUGAAGACUGUCUGUCCCGCAGCAUAACCUUCACUGAUUUAUUAUGUGCUUCACUGUUUGGCUCUGCACCCAUCUACAGGAAUAUGGAUUAAAUCUUUCUCGUUACCUUCAUUUACAAUUUUGAAAAGUUAAGAGAUCGUGGUGCUCCAUAUCCAAAUGAAUAGGUGGCACUACCCACGUUCCGAAGAAAAAAGUAGUUGUGCAUCCGCUUGGUUAUUUAUCUCCGGAACAUGUCCCAGUCAAACAUCCGAGAGGGAUAUGUACUUAAGUUCUCGGUAUGACUCAAACUGAAGAGUGCAUAGAAGAAGUCAACACUUUGCCUAUAUAUCUGAUCUUAAAGCUAAAGGCAACAGUGUUUUCUGUCAUCAGACCAUAUGGGAUAGUCACUUUAACUCAGGGGAAGCAGGGAUUCUAGAAAGUUCCUUUUCUGGACCCUUUCCUCGUGUGUGAUAUUUGGAGCCACCUAAGUGAAAAAUUUAAGGGACAUACCCGUUCAUUCGUAACUACUCCUGUAAUGAUCUCAUGGAUUUAUUCGGAUGAGAAUCAAAAAGGCUUACUUGACAUCAUGCAUUUCUAGAUCCAUUGUCCAUUUUUCUUGUAAAUUCUCAAACGACUGAAUGUUAAGGGAGUACGAUGAGGACUUCAUUCCACAUUUUUUUGUACUGUUCUUCAUUCAAUUUGAUCACUAGACAGUGGUUGAUCAUGUUUUUUCUUAGUGGUUUGUGAAAGGGAUUUUUUACCUACUUUCAUGUCCCUAUGAAACAGUAAUAAUCUAUGCCAAGGGUGUGUAUACUAAGCUAGAGACCAAAGGCACACCAAGACAUUAAACCGCCCCAUCUCAAUUGCAUUAAACCAGCCUAUUCACACUACCUUUACUAAAGAUAAAGCAUCAUUCACGCCUGUACAAUGGUUGUUUUUUAUUAUCUCAUCUAGAAUGUUUUGGAGAUGCACGUUGACCUUUAAUACCCUUGAGAGCCUUUCAACAUUUCAAUCUGAGUCAUUCAUUACAUCCUACCAAGGCAUAUGGGGCUAUAUAACCAAUUUUUGUGCUCCUUUUCCCUGACGUUUGGCAAGAGUUCGGAAAAUGUGCGAUUUUGGUUUGAUUAGAAGUAUAUUUUAUUCUUCUUUUGGUUGCUUGCUCCUUCAACACUAUUUUUUUUACAAAAUGGUAGCAAAAAGCAUACGUACCUUGCUGCUGUCUGGACAUUAUUGAGCCAUUUUUCAGCUUGAUGGUAAACUCUCACCCAGCAGUAUGCUUUGCCAACAGCGAUUGUGCUUCUGGUACCAUCUACAAUCAAAAGGUCAUCAAAAUCCCAGUUGUUUUGGAAAGUAGGGAGUACAGUCAAUAAGGAGGAGAUUAUGGAAAAGUUAUAGUUAGCAUAUGGGUAUUAUAGUGAGCAGCCCCUAUUAGUGUAAUGGUGGUGGAGACUGAAGGAGAAAACCUGUGGGUGGAGACAAGAAAUGGUGCUUUGAUCCUGUUUGUAAACAUAGUAGUUGAUACCUGGGCAGUCAGAAGAUAUGAUCUGCCUUAUUGUGUUGCAAAUAGAAGAAAAAGUAAUUUUUUUUUUUUUGGGGGGGGGUUCAUAUUAUUCUGCGGGUAAGCUAAGGAGAGAGGACUCCGUUUUCUUUAGUGUCGCAUUUUCUUCUUCACAUAGCUCAGAUUUGGGCAUUUUAGAUAUAUCAGCUUGUUAUUUACUUGGUUUAAGUUAUAUAUCUCUUAAUUCAACCAUGUAGCUGGGGUUAACGUGGUGAAUUAAUUUUCCACCAUGCUCUCUGAUAUAUUCUGUUGUUGUUUUGAUCAACACCCCUGGAGAAAAAAAUAUUUAUGGCUAGAUAAUUUAAUUUUCAUAUUAUUGUCUUGCAGAUAAUGUAUUUUCGUCGUUGGUGGGCUUGCAGUUCGUGUGGAAGCUGAUGCCUAAAUCUGUUGAAACCGAUCAUUUCUUUCAUCAUCUUGUCCAUGUUCCUCUGAAGGAAACACCGUUAACUGAUUGUGGGGGUUUCUGUGGUGACCUAGAUACCCAAAUAAAAGUGGAAGACAGUGUAUGUGUGAUCUUGCGGUCCUAUUUCUCAUGGGUGCUAACAGUUUUAUUUCCUAUGUUAUGAUGUCAAUUUAUAUCCUUUCAUUGUUGCAUUGCAGGGUAUGGGAUCUGAUUUGUAUGUUGUAAAGGGUAUUGAAAUCGGUCAUGAGAUUGUCAGUGCACAAUUGUUUGAGCCACAAUUUGAGAAUGUGACAGACAAGAUUAUUUUGACUGUUGCAGAGGCCAUGUCACUGCAUCCUCCGUCACCUGUUUUUGUCAUAACUGGUUCUUUGGUUCAGUACACGCUCAGAAUUGUUCGUCAAAAUAAUCCCAAAGGUAGUACUUCUCUGUCUUGUUCCUUUAUUUGUUGUAGAGGGCGAGCCUUAUCCUUAAGAGCCAAAAUAAGUCUGAGUGAAGUACAUGCGCCUUGAGGAAUUCGUAUGCAUUGUAUGAGAUUGAGUUUCUGGUCAAAGGGAAUAAACCAUGACCUAAGCUGACUAUCCCUCUCUAUGUGGCUCUGCUAUCGUUUUGUAUUCAUGAAACUCUUCAGUCAAAUGUACAGAUAGAGAUACUGGAUUUUAUAAUUUGAUACCUUAUAAGCUUUCCCAAUCCUUAUGCUUGGAGACGCUAAAAUGAUUUCUGGCUGUUAGGUGGAUCGUCGGGGCACUAGAAACAGGUUGCAAAUCUCACAACAAUGAUAGUAACUCUAGUUUUUGGGCUCUGUUGUUUACGUGAUUCUCUUCUUCAAUUAGGCAUGUUUUUCGUUUGCUUCAUCAAUGGGGAUCAUGAAUUGAAUCUUGCCUCAAACUCGUUAAGUUUGAAUUGUCUGCAGAACGAAAGGAUUAUUUCCCAAUAGUAGAAGCCUAUUGUUUGUACAUAUUUGCUCCAUAUCACCUGCACAUUUUUUCAAAGGUAAGACACGGCCACAAAAGAAAGUGCAUCUUCAAAUUUGAGAAGCAUUUUAUGAAGUAGAUGGUUAUCACAUUAUCACAGAAACUGUAGUCAGUGUAUCAGUCACGACUAUAGUUGAGUAAAGAAUUGUCCCAGUGGUGUGAAAAGAUGGGAAUUAUGGAAGGAAGGAAAUAAUGAUUAACUGGGCAAGUAGGCAGCAAUGAUGCCUUAACGUGGAGGUGCAUUUUUUGAAGAAGACCGUCAUUGACAACCAAUAUUGGGGUGAUAAAAACACAAGAUACUUUCUUAAGAGGGCCAUGGGGAGAAGAGGAAAGAUCAUAAGAGAUUUGAUGAAUGAUAAGCCAGUUCUAAGAAAAGAAGAGGGCAAUUCUAACAUAGUUGCCUCGGGAAGCUUGUCUUGUCCAAGUGUUCUGGAUAUACUGAACUCUCUAGCCAUGAUAAUAAGAGUUUGGCUUAUUAUCUACUGUCCCUUAGGCUGCUAGGGGAAGUGUAAAACGAUUUCUUGGAGAUACUAGAAUUACAAAUACUGAUUGAAGAACGUGUUGAGAAUGCCUUUCGGUACUUCCUGGUAGUCUUGCAUCCAUGACAGCAUGAAAACGCAAUAUGGUUGUCCAGGAAUAAUCUAAAGUUGUCUGUGACCUGGAAUUACGGUCCAUGGUUUGAUGGAGAUCGUCAUGUUGGCUGUGUUAGCGUCCUGUAAUGAGAGCAGUUUUACUACCUGUAGAACAUCCCCAUGAGGCUGGUGAAGGGAGACCACCAAUUGAUGGAAAAGGACUCACGACCACCUAGUGUUAUCCUGUGUAACAGUUUGGAGAAAAAAAAUCGUUAACUCACGACGUGCUCUCACAACUGAGCUAGAUGAGCUCCUAUCACUAGGCUCAUUUGAUGAAUGAUAAGCAAAUUCUGACUAAGAAGAGACAUCAUGCUUGCUCAGGAGGGCCUUAAGGAGGAGGAAAGGAAAUAUCAUAAGACAUUUGAUGAAUGAACGGCAAGGAAGUUGUAAUUUAAGAAGAGUAUGUGGAGAAGCCUUUAUCAGAGGUGGAAAUUUAGAAGUCAUUAGUAGAAUGCAUACACACUACUGGGUUAGGAAAUGUUAGGGUCUUUGGAAAGCUAGGUACGGUGCAUGCUAACUAGCUAUUAGAGUGCAUCCCCAGGGAAAUUCCUUUAAAUCCAAAAUUGAGUAAUUCAGAUUUCCUUCCAAUUCGGAAAUGUAGUAAUUUCGCUUCAAAAAAAUUCGACAGUGGCCCCCAUACCUGGGAAAUCUGAAGUAAUCUGCUAUGAUGGAUUGUUGAGCUCCUUCUCUGUUUUCCGAAAAACAACAGAAUGACAUUGAAAUAGGAUAUGUACUAGGAUCUUUGAGUCCUGAGGUACUUCCGCGUUCAUUUCUCACCUUUGUCAAUCAGGGGUGUUGUAACUUUUGUCCCAGUUUUCUUAUGAUAUAUGGACAUGAUGACUUGAUGCUUAGUCUCAAUGGGAAAAUCCUUCAGUGUGUUGAGUUCGCUUCCAUGGGAGAUGAUGCCCUGGAGCCUCACCCUUCUAUAUCUUAAGUAAUGAAUUAUCUACUGAAAAGCUUAUUACUGAUGUUUGGAACAGGGUAUGUGCUGUCCAGUUUUUGUUUUGUUUGGGCUGCAAACUGACUGUAACUGCACUCUACUGAUCCUGACAGUUCCCUGGUACAAGAGAACUAGGCAAGGUGGUAAAUGAAUAUAAGGUGCAGGGGUGGAGGAGGAGGGAGCUGAUGAGGGUCCAAUGCCUUUGCACUUGGAAUCAACCAGUGUUGGAAAACACCAGUUGGAGCAAAUGUUUAUCUGCUUUUGUGGGGGCCACGCCGUCACCAUUGUGAUACCAGUGGCUGAUAUAAUUGGGAAAGCACAGAUGAUCAUAGAAUGCAUACACACUACCUUUAUCAGAGAGAUUCAGCUCAAAUUUAUGAACAACAAUAUCAUCAAAUAAAUAUUUGUUCUUUUUUCUAAUUUUAAUAGCUAUUUGAUAAGAUGAAUUCGAUAAUAUUUUCUUAUGAUAUUGUUGAAUGUUACUAAAAGUUGAUAAUUUCUACAUUGGAUGAAUUAUCGUUGUUUUUAUUCUUACGCAAUUCAAUAUUAAUAUUUUAGUUCAUUAUGAAGGAUGUUUUUCUAACGUGAUAUCAACUACUUUGUAGCUGUUGAUUUGCCUUCACUGUUUCACCGAUGGUCUGUUUCAAAUUCUACUGUAUCUCAAGUAGAUUCUACAAUGGGGUUUGCUAGAGCACUUAAUUUGGGAGUUACAAACAUAUUUGUUGAAGAUACUAGAGUCACUGGCCACUUCCAGAUGUCAACAAUGCACGUUAUUGUUCCAGAUAAGUUAUGCUUAUACAUCAGGCCAAUUACAGGCGUGAUUAAUGGUUUGGAAGCAACUAAAUGUUUACCUGUGCCAUGGUUUGUUGUUAUUGGUCAAGAAUAUGCAAUCCACAUGAAAGUUUUCACACAUGAACCUGAGGCAAAGGAGAUAUAUAUUACAGAGGUAAUUCUUUCGAUUUUUUCAUAAUUGCACAUUUCCUUUUUCUAUAUAAAGAGUCUGUGCUGUUUUUUCUGGUAACUGUGCAAACUGCAUCUCUCGAAGGCUAAAAAAAAUGAAUGCUGAACUUGAAAUCAGAGAAGUACAUUUUUGGAGUGAAAUAAACGAUGAAAAUAACGAUUUAAUGAAGUGGGAUAAAUUGUAGAGAUACUAAAAAAUGAGAAAUUUAACUAUGCAUUCCUUAUCAAGUGUCCACGAAGAACUGGAAUGGAGAGGAGCUUCAGUAGGGAAUUUAAAAGUUAAUUCCUUUGAUCGAGUUCUCAAAAAUGGAGGAUGAGAGUUUGGUGAAAGGAUAUGGUCUUGAAGGAUUACUUUUCCUCUUGCAUAGGGCAAUGCAUAUCAUCUUUAUCUUAGAGGUGCUUAUGAUGUGUUCUUGAAGUUAUUUCUGAGAGCUUAGGAUAUUCAACCCUGCAAAAGGCCUGGACUCGUGGUGAAAGUGAACCGACUAUACUAUCUUCCUUCAUUAAAAGAUGGGUGAAUACAUUUUAGAGAGCGUUUCUUGGUGUAUUUGAUGGUGAAUAAGAUAAUAUUUUAGCAUGAUUUCACGAACUUAUCGUCUAUUAAUUAGUUAUUUGAUCAGUUAUAGAUUAGGUAAGAGGAAUUGAGAUCAGAGGUGUUUAAGACUUUAUUAUAAUGAAUAAGAUUUAGAGGAGAAAGGGUGUUUGGUUUUUAGGAUCACAUUUUUCUUCUUCUUUUUUAUCCUGCUAGAAGGGCAGAAGACUAUGUUUGGGUGAUUUCUGUAUGUAGUCGCUUUUCAGUGAAGUAUGUCAUGACAGCUAAUGAGCUGAUCUCUCUCUCUCUCUCUCUUUCUUCAGCAUCAGACAAGGAGCUAAACUUUUUUGGUAUUUUUCUGUAUGUCUUUGUUAAUCGUUUUCCCUCUAGGCUUCCUGUCUACUGAUCCAUUAAGCCGUCUUCAUUAAUGGUAAAAAUCUAUUCAAAAUUUCUCAGGCUCUUCCAUUUAAGGAGAUCCAAAGAUUCUCCGGAUUUUAUUACUUUGUAGUACUCAUCCCUUGAGAAAUUGAAUGUAUCCCACGUAGAAUAUUUUUUUAUUCUUCCAGGGGAGGUAAGAAAGAGAGAAGAGAAGGUUGAUAUAAUUAGAUAGAAAGAAUACGAAAUAGGUGUCGAAAAAGCAUAUUUUGUGAUUAUGGCUUCUUGGUCACAGUAUCUAACUUUUCUGCGUGAUGAUUCUAUCCUUUGAAGGAAACUUCAUAAAGCUUGCGUCAAUGUUUUGUUUCCUAGUUAAAAGUUUUUUAUCUCAAUAGAGUCUAUUACUGCCAUCUGUCAUUGUUACUUGCAAAGAUGUGUUCAUCUUCAAAAUGUCCAUUUUCCCAAAGCAUAUGUAGAAACAUGUCAUGAUCACCAAUGGAAAAAGCCAAAAUACCAUUUGUUGUAAUAAUUUAGAGCUGUGGGAUGUGUUCAGGGCUUCAAAGUUGUCUCACUGAUGUGGUUCACUAAUGUCCAUAGUCCUCAAACCAUUCGUACAAGAUGACGCUAUCUUGAAACCACGGCUCUUGAUGCCAUAUCUUUUUGAAGUUAUUUUAAUAAAGGUUUAUUGUAUGAUUAAUGUAUUAGGAGAAAAUGUCAAGGUUCAGGAGAAAGCAUUUCUACUAUUCUAUGACAGUUUUAGUCUCUGAUGUCACUCUUUGCUUCAGUCUGAUUUGCACUCUAACUCUUCAAUAGUGAUGCAUAAUUUGUUGUUGUGUAAAAUGGAAUGGCUGCUGAUCGUGCUUUUAUUUUGCGUUCAUUUGUUGAUCAUGCUGGUAGCAAUGAUUUGGUUGAAUGAACCCCCUUUUACUGUUGACUAAUCAUUAUACACUGUCUGAGCAUCUUUUUGAAAAAUCUUCAGAGUAACAGACUUACUUUGGAAAGUGAUAGCUCAGAGUUUUGGGAUCUAUCCAUAGCAUCAAAUGAUGUGGCUGCUGGAUAUGGAUGGCGAAAUUUCAGAAUCCUCAAACCACUCUCUCUGGGACAAGGAUUUCUAUCUGGUUCUCUAUUGUAUAACAGGGAGGACCCAGAAACAACUGAGGUGACGUGUCUUUCUUUUUAUCUAUAAGCUUUUGUUUUUUGGUUGGAACUCUGCUUUUUUUGUUGUAGCUGGUUUGUUCACUUGCCUAUCUAAUGUAAACUUUGUAUUCUGGUGGUUCUGGUUUUCUUUGUUAGGUUCUUAAAGUUGAGCAGCGAGUCAUUGUGUGCGACAAAGUUAGAAUACAAUUGGAGAAUAAGAUGAACCACUCUAAGAAAAUUCGUCUUCCUUGGGCCCCUGGAGUCUAUCAGGGACUCGAGUUGAAAGCUUUUGGAGGUUGGUAGAUAUUUGUUUUUUGGGGUUUUCUUUCACCACGAAACUGUUGAAUAAUCCAGGUUCUACUUAAUGCUUCAGGCUGUGGAAUGUCCCCCAGAGAUUAUGGCUGGUGUUCUACCAAUGUUGCCAGUGUAUCCGUUUCAUCCUCAGGCUACAUUCAGGCAAAAUAUCUCGGUCGCUCAACUAUUAAAGUGACUUCUGUGUUUGAUCCACUGAAUUUUGAUGAGGUAUUCCUCCGUAGUUCUUUUAUUUUUCUUGUCUUGUGUUAAGAAUCUUUUUUCCUGAUUGUCUUGGAUAAUAUUACUAUGUUCCUUUCCAGGUGUCUCCCAUCAAAAACAAUCAAGAUGCCAUGAAUUUUUUCGUUCUUUUGACAUUAUUACUAUUCUUUUUGAUCAGAGAAGAGACUUAUUUUUGUAGACUUUUGGCAUAUUAUAAAACCGAGACAAAUGUUUUUUCUACCGAUAUAUGUCAAAAUCCUCCAAAUACUUUUCUCUCGAUUCGUAGUUGAACAUUAGGGCUUGGUUUUAGAUAAGUUAAGAUGAAGCCAAAAUGCUGAUUAAUUUCUUCUUACUAUAAAUUAAAGACACCAUGUAUUGUACGAAUACGAAUGAAUCUCUGAUGUUAGACGGAUUUGGUUCUUUUCUUGCUUUUUUCGAAAGGUUAUUCUGAAGUCUUUCAUGGAUGGUGGUUUUGAAUUUGCGGCAAGGCCCAUAUGUGACCGACAUUUUAAUUUUUUUAUCUGGCAUUAGUUAUAAGAAACGAUGAAGCUCGACUAAGUGAUAUUUAUGACAUGAAUUUGGUACAUGGGGCUGCAUGAUAGUUACCUUUGCGAUGGCAAGUUUACUUUGGUACAUCCUGGAAAGAAAUUGAUGGAAAUUGAUCAGUUUUGUGGCUGUUGUAUAAUUCUUGACUGGCUUUUUUGUGGCCUGUGAGAGCAUUCAAUCUCAACCACGAUGAAAAUGUGUGGUGGUUGAGGAUUUCGGAAGAAUGAGACAUUGUCUUUGACGUGUUUUUAAAAUAAAAUUAUAUCAAUUGUGUUAUGAUCUCCAGUUCAACAUGUUGGUCGACAGUUCUUAUGAUUGGUGACUCUAAAUGGUAUCUUAAAGCUCACUGACUUCGAUUUGGUUUUGUUUCCUCCUGGUUGAGACAGUUUCAUGCCUCCAUCUUUCCAAUACGUGGUUUAAAGUUCCAACGAUUCAAUUCUUUCCUCUUUGAUCAUACUGCUUGACUAACCGUGUCCCUCUUCACUUAUUGAGGAACUCAAUGUAGUAGGAUUUCCCAGAGUGUCCUGUCACAACUCAACGUUGUAUCUUUGUUAGAAGUUAUCUUAGUCAUUGAAAAUCUAGAUCUUUCUACUUUGCGGGAAUUGAAUAAUGAAACAUACCUAGGAUCCGCCUUUUGAUACCUUUUUGCGAUUUAUAACUGAUUUGGGCAUGCAUGCAAGAAUUUGCAUUCUGACUUGUACAAUUCUGAGGAGAUUCUCUUAUAUAGAAACUCUUUUUUAUUUUUCCUUUUCUGGACGAACUUGAAUUUCGUAAGGAAUAUUUGUUUCGAGUUUAUCAUUUAAAAUUUAACUUAGAGUGUUCUACUUAUGUUUUAAUGGUUAUUUUGACGGUGCUCCUCUAUUUUGAUCAUUUUCAUUAUUUUGAAUUGUAUCAUAUGAUGUGGUCAUUUUUUUUAGUUGUUUUCGUCUUUUAAGGUUACAUUAUAUCGUAAGUUAUUUGGUCUGACUUAAAUUUAUUAUUUCUUUUGUACAUAAGAUUGUUGUGGAAGUCUCUACUCCAGCUUCAAUGGUGUUGAUACACGAAUUUCCCGUUGAGGCUCUUGUGGGGACACAUCUUCUAGCUGCAGUCUUCUUGAAAACUACUGAUGGUGAUUUAUAUUUUAUCUUUCCUUGGAUUCUUAGUGGCAUCAUGUGCAUUUUAAAUACCCAUCAGAAAUGUUUCCUCUGCAGGGAGUUACUUUCACCGAUGCAACUCUUUUAAUUCCUUUGUGAAGUGGAGAGUUUUAUCUGAAAGUGAGGUUUUUCUGGUUAGCAAUACGACGGGGGAAGAAUUGGCAUUUAACGUGUUAUUGCAUGGGGCAUCUGAAGAAGUAUCUAGAUCCCCUUGUUCAUGGACAUAUUUAUAUGCUUCCAAUCCUGGUCAUGCUGUGCUGCAUGCAAGCUUCUCAAGUAAAACACAGCCAUCUGAUCUCUUUUUAGAUGGGGAGAUUGCUUUACAGUCGUCUGCACAAAUAGCGGCAUACCAUCCCCUUGCUGCUUUUCAGGCUGGAAAUGGUAAUCAAUUUGGCGGUUACUUCUUGGAAUUCCCUAGAAGAGAAACUGUAGACAAGUAUUUUGAUCUUGAAAAUUUAAGUGAGCUGUAUCUUGCCCCUGGAUCGGCUAUGGAUGUCUUCAUCAUUGGAGGGCCUGAUCGAUGGGGCCACAGUGUUGAAUACAUUGAUACAGUAAAAAUCAGAGGGAAAAGUUCGCCUCCUGAAGGAGUUAUCUUGAAGAAGGCAGUCACCGAUGAUGGCACUUUGUAUAAUAUUUUAUGUCAAAAAGUGGGAAACUUUGUAUGUAUACCUUCCUUUUGUGUUUAUGUUUCAUUACCUCAUGUCUAGACUCAGGCUAUAUUCUAUAAUCUAAAACCCUGAUGGAGCAUAUUUAUAAUAUUUUUGUUCUAUUUUUCUUGGCACAGAAUCUCAUCUUUUCACGUGGAAAUUUGGUUGGAGAUGAUCAUCCUUUUCCAGCUAUCUCAGAUGUGGAAAUGGUUCUUGCCUGUAGUGCACCAUCUUCGAUCACACUAAUUGGCAAUGAGCAAUGUAUGGACAAUAACUAAUGUGUACACUGUAAUCAUAUAAGUGCCUUUUCAUUUAGACAUGUGCUAUUCUUUUAAGUUGUGAUUUGUUUGGUCCUCUUAGCAUAGAUAUGCCAUUUAAUUUAUCUUUUUUGUAUUUCAGAUAAUACACUUGAUGUUAUAUCCUCUUCAACACAAGCUGAUCGUGGUCCUGGGAAAGUUCGUAUUUCCCCAGUCAUUGUGGCUAACGGGCGUACAAUUCGAUUGGCUGCAGUUGGAAUUCAUAUAUCUGGAAGGCCUUUCGCAAAUUCUUCUUCUCUUUCUCUAAGAUGGGAACUGAAUGGUUGUGAAGGCCUUGCUAACUGGGUUGAGGUCAAUACCUUGGAAGAAUUUGGGAUGAAUUGGGAAAGGUUCUUAAUUCUGGAGAAUUCAUCAGGACUGGUAAUUACUAAACAUUUUUUCUUGAUGCAGUUUUUCAGUUCCUCGUUUGUGAUUCUUUGUAUUGGCACUAUUAUUUUCCUUGGUUGCUAGUGACCGUAGUUUAUUUUUUAUGAACUUUUUUAGUUCUUUAUUUUGUGUAGAUAAAUGUAGGGGGAAGAGAGUUCAAUUUAUAUUAAAGAAAUAUAGCCUAUCUUUUAUAAUUGGAGAAAGGGAACAAUUGGAGGACCGAGCUAACAUAAAAUAGUACACCAAGAUUGCUCUUAUUUCCAUCUGGACGCUUGCUUAUUAUGCAUGAUUUUUGGCUGUUGAGAAUCUAACACCAUCAUAAGAUUGCUUUCAGUGUACUGUUCGUGCAACUGUAAUUGGUUUUUCUAAAAAAAUCGUCAGCAGUCUUGAGGACGCAUACCUGCUGCCUGAGAUCUCAGAGAAUUCUCUUACAGAUGCUGUAUACCUACAGGUAUUUAUUAUUACUGUUGCAUAUUCUAGUUUUGCUUGACGUUGGAUUAGUGGAUCAUGUUUGUUUUCUUAUAAUGCAGCUUGUCUCUUUGCUUCGAAUUGUCCCUGAAUCGGCACUGCUAUAUUUUCAUCCUGAUGCAAAGGUAAUGUUUCAUGUUAUACGGUUACUAAAAAGAGAACAUUUCAGAGUUUGAUUUAUUUCUUAAACUUUUCUCUUUCUAUUACUACUACAAAUUCUAUAUGGAUGUAUACAGGUUCGUUGAUUGAAUGCUUUCUCACGGUCACUAUCCUUAUCAUACGUAAACUAAAAAACUAGGUCGUAUAUAUUCCUGAAAGAGGCAUUGUUUACCUGUGGUACACUCCACUUUCACAUAAUUUCCUAGUUUCGUUUGUUUUAUAGAUGUGAGUUUUCAUGAUGAUUAGGUUCCUUUUGUAGAAAAUUUGAAACGGCAUCUAUUUGAUUAGCGAUGCCUCAAGAAUAAUGGUCUUAAUAAUAUGCAUCUGAAGUCCUGGCAAGUGCGAUGAUGGAAGAGAGGAAAAUGAAUAAUUCUGUCGUGAGUUUAGCUUGAACAUUCCCAUCAUUGCCAUUUUCUUGUGAGACAAUGUACCGUAAAUAGUAAGUCAUAAUUUGGUACUUACAAAGCUUGGCAUUAAAUGGUAAGGAACUUUAGUUCAUUUUAGAGUCUUAUUCAGUGGCUAUAUCCAUUAUAUCUUUGAAAGUUCACUUGUAGUUUCCUACCCUAUUUAUAUUAUGUUGAUGUGAAUAAUAGUCUUAGUGCUUGCGUGACCACUUUGGAUUGGAGCAUGGUGUAACCACAGUAGCUUUUGAAUGGAUAACUGGUUUUGUCCACCUAUGGUUUUCAGUUGAUUAAGUUUUCUUUUUCAAAUAAAGGGGAACUAAUAUCAAAUGAAUAGGAUUUAAUCCUGUAUUCACAAUUUUGAUUUAUCCCUUCAUGGAAGAAGGGAAAUAAGGCGUCAGACACUAGAUAACCUGCUGUCCCUCAGAGUUGCAAGUAUGGGAUUUGAUUAAGGUAUUUAAAUAAUACAUCAGUUCUUGUGUGCAAGACAAAUGACUGACUAAGGGACACAAUACGACCUAUCUGACAGCCUUUUCUUAAGCUUGAAAUCCGCUCGUCUUCUUGUACAUACGUUUUUUGUUCCUCUUUUCUUCCCAUCCUUGAUAUUAACGUGACUCCUUUUCUGGUGCUACAUUCUGGCUAUAUUGGCUAUGCAGGUACAUCUUAAGAGUAGUUUAAUCCGUUGUAUAAGUGUGCCUACCAUUGGUCUCUUCGUAUCUUCGUUCUUUAACCCUCUUUCCAUGAAUUUGUACGCUAUAUUUCUAAUGUCUUGUAGAAGUUGAAUUAGAUAUCCAAAAGACAUCUGAAUCUAAUUACUGUAUGCAGUGCUCGGUGGAAAUCAAAUUUUGUUUGCCCGAAUUUAUUCCAUUGAUAUCGUAUGAUUAUUCUAGAUAUCUGUCUUCAACAUUACUGAGCAUUAGACGGAAUCUGCAAUUUUAUGUCGAUUCAUUUGAACUGUCAAAAUCUCAUUACAGUGAAGUUAUUGUCGCUCUACUAUAAUAGCUGGAGUAAUCAUCAUUUCUUAAUUUUGGUUUUUUUUCUUUUGUCAUUUUUUUAUUGUAUCUUCAUUAUAAAAGAAGUGAUUAAUUACACUGUGAAAUGUUAGUUUGUACUCAAUCCCUAAAUCUUUUAAUUGGAUAGAAUAUAUUUAACUCUCAUUUUUUAGGUACUUUCAAAGUAGUGCACUUUUUUUAUAUGAAGUUUCUUAGUUCCAGUUGUCUUAAUUUCCCAAAUGAGGACAUUCAUUUUUUUCCUUUCUAUCAUGGUAAAAUACUUCUAAUUAAUGAGGGAACCUUAGUUUUCUUGUGCAGAAAUUUAGAAUGAAGAAUAUCCUGUGUUAGGUACAACAAAAGUAAGCUUGUCAUUAUGACGAUAGACCAACCCCAUACACUGUCUAUUUGGUUUGGAGCUGAGUGGGCUGAUAACCUGGAAGAGAUUCGUUUUCUAUUCUACAUGGCAUGUUUGGUUUAAGCGUACGAUGCUUUGCGGAUGUGCUUCUAAUUCGGAUUUUUUAGUGAAUAUUAUUUGAAUCUGCUGGGAAUGGAGAUUUUGGCGUUUGAUGCAUAUCAGGGUUCAGAUCGAAGCAUUUGAUAAAGAAAGAGGUUUCUGAAUUUGUGGCGUUGGAUGGUCUUAUCGUAAUUGUUUUUAUGCCCUUCGAGUUUGUUUUGUGUUCUUCAGGUCGAACCAUUUUUUCUUGCUAGAUCUUUAUUUCUCAUCAGGAUGGUGUUACGAAUAUACUGCAGGCAAACUUGUCAAUCAUCGGAGGCACAUGUUUUAUCGAUGCUGUUGUUAAUGACACACAUGUGGCAGACAUAGUUCAGCCUCCACAAAAUGCACAUUGUUCGUGGCUGAUGCUUGCAGCCAGGGGAUUGGGAACUGCAGUUAUUACUGUUUAUGAUAUUGGCCUCUCUCCUCCUGUCCGCACUUCAGCCUCUGUAAGCUUGCUUUCUGUAUCCAGUUUCUAUCUGGGUUAUCUGUGCUCAUAAUUUUGUACUAUUUGAUGGAAUAUUUCAUCUCUUGGCAAAGGUGACCAACAUGCGAAUCUUCUAUUUUCUGGGUACUCUUUGUUAGAAGUUGACUCCAUUUAUAUUUGAAUAGUGCAUUUUCUUACUUGGGAAUGUGGGCACUUGUUUUGCCUAAAUUUGGACCUAUUAUUUGCAAUCAAUUUCAUCGUAACUUCUAUGCCAUGUUAGGCAUACAGAAUCUGGAUUACUUCAUCAUGUUAUAAAUCAUCAUUCUGAACUGUAAAACUCUUUUAUCUGCAUUGAGCUACAGAUACGAAUAAAGUAUUGCCAUAAGAUGUGACCAUGAAAACCAUUAAACGUAUAGAAGACUUCCAACGUAUCCAUGCCCUCACUCUUUGAUUAAGAUCUCCAAAAAAGGGUAGGAAAUCGUAGGAGACCUCAUGAAUCGUUGUAUUUUCAUUUAUUGAGUGCAUAAUUUUUGUAGUACAUUCUGUUGCCAGUUAUGGAGUUUUGAAAUAAGUUUGAAGUUUUUGUUUGAUUUUCUCCGAGUAAGCUGUAUCUUCAACUCUUAAAGAUAUGAAAUACUAGAAACUCAUAGAAAUGAGAGAUCUUAUGCUAUUGCGUAACGGUAAGUUGCUCUUGAACAAUAUUAAAGACCUCAUUUGCUAAAUGAGAAAGGUCGAAGACCUUAGAAGUCAAACUGCUGAACAUAAUUUGGAUUCCGUAUUUGUUCAACCUCAGCCUUUAUUUUAUAUUUAAUUUUUGUCCCCCAUGAUUUUGGGUUAUUUUUCUCUGUCAAUCAUCAGUUAUCUCUGAUCAGGCUUUCUUUUCAUCUGUUAUUUCGUUCUAAAACUUUUUUACAUCUGAAUUGCUGGAGCACUUGUUUCCUCCAAUUUAUUCUUUUUUUCAUUCAAAUGCAUUAUUGUAGCCAUAUUCAGGACUCGUAUUUUUAUAGGUUACAGUGGCUGAUGUUGACUGGAUUAAGAUAAUGGCGGAGGAUGAGAUUAGUCUUAUGGUAAAGUGGCUAUGUUUAGAUUUUUUUUAAUGGAUUUAGAUUAUUUGCUGAAUACUCUUCAUUUUUUCUGCAGGAGGGAACAAGGAGUCCUUUCGAGAUAUUAGUGGGGACAACUGAUGGAAGCAUUUUUGACUCUUCUAUGGUAUAUUUUUAGAUGGAGUUUUUUUUCCCACUAAAAAAGUAAUGUUUUUAGAUAUUGCUAUUUAGUUUUCUCUUUUCCUCUGAAUGAGAAUUAAGUCUCACUUGGCGCCAUAAAGUGGUGAGAUAAUUCAGGAAAGAAAGUGGAAAGAAGCCACUUUUUAUUCCGGGAGAACUCUACAUGUCUAUGAUUUUACUCAACUAUCUGGAGCUUGCAUCUAUUUCUACAAAAUGAAUACCUCUACGAACAUACCUGUAGGAACUCAAUUGUAAAACUGAAGAGCUGGUUGACACUGCAGUUGAAAAAUGCUUUCGAAUUGUUGUGGAAUCACUCUUUUUUAGCAUUCCUCAGUUUUCUAGAUUAUUGAGAAUCUUCUUGAUUUAUACGACAGAAGUUAAUGGUUGAGAAAGCUAAUGAUAUUCACUGAACUCAGUUACAUUAUUGUAUGGUGCUUGAGAUUUAACCUUGGAUACAGAAUGCAACAGCCGAUUUUUUAUCAUUGACGGAUCCUAGAGAUUGACAAAGUCAGUGGUGGUUUAAGGACAGCCAGUGGGCGGAUGUAGAAGUUUGAUACGUUUCUAUCUAGUCCUCAUGAUCUUCAUAUCAUGCAUGAAGACCUCCGACACCCAGAAAAUGCAUGAUCAUAAGGAGAGAUUAAUUGAAAAUGUGCUUGUGGAUGUACACCCAAAAGCAUUGGACGUCAAAGGCUUAUCCAUGGAAAGAUUUUUCAGUCAGUCACGAUAACAAAGACUCAUAUUGCAUUUUCGACAUUUGAUUGGCGUUUGCCAGGUGCUUUUCUUGUGUUAUCAGGCUACACUGAACUUUUAUGUGUCUAGCCGGUGAAAUACUGUUAUGUUUUUAUGCCUUUGGGCCAUUAGGCUAUUGAGAAAUAUAUUUUUCAUGUUUAAACCAUUUUUUCUUUUUUUCCUCUUUUGUUGGACACAUUGUCUUAUUUUUCUUGCCAUUUUUAUCUAUCAUUAUAAUGUAUCCAUUCUUAGAUCUUUUUAUGUUUUUCCUCUUUUUUGAAGUAUUUCUACAUGAAUAUUUAUGCACACGUGGAGGACAGUGUUAUUGAACUUGAAUACGAAGAUGGUUCACCUGCAGCCAUCAACAAAAAACUGUAUGGUUCAAAGUUCUUAAUUAAGGCUCAGACGAUUGGUCUUACCAGUCUUUCUGUAAGUUAAUUUUAUUUAAUCUUUAAAAUUGAUGGUUAGACAAUUGCAUCUUUCUUAUUACGAGUUCCAUUUUCUGAUUGAAUUUGGAUGCAUCAGGUUAGUGUCCGUCGAAGAUCUGGACGCGAGAUAUAUAGUCAAAUUAUAAAAGUGGAAGUUUAUGCACAGCUGCGCAUACAUCCUGAUAAUAUUUUCCUUACACCCGGAGCUUCAUAUGUGGUAUAUCAGCUGAAACUCUAUUAUUGAUACAGUUGCUGAACAAAAAUCUUAUUUCAAAACAAAGUUCAUGUUUCUAUGUAACUGAGGAUGUAUUGAUGAAUGCUUAUCAUAUUCAUAAUGCCAUACAUUAUUUUUUUGGUGUUUUUUAUCACAUGGCAUUCAUGCUAACUUGAUGUUGGACAUAUCAUUUUUUUAUAUAGUUUUCUGUCGAAGGUGGGCCUACCCUUGUAUCUGGUUUUGACUAUGCCAGUUUGGAUAAUGAGACUGCAACUAUCGAUGGAUCUUCAGGAAAACUUACAGCUGUUUCUGCUGGAAAUACAGUGAGUGAAUAUGGCUUACAAACAUACAUAAUUACAUUACCUAACUUAUACUUACAUCUGUCUCAUAUCUUUUCCACGAUAUAUUUUUGUUUGCUUGGGCGUGUCUCUCAUUGUUUAUAACACUAUUUUCAUUUAUUAUAUUCUUAGAUUGGUUUACUUGUGGCUCUUCUGAAAUGUUAGGGUUAGUUUUUUCUCUUUUUUAAGCUUCAGUUCUGUUUCCUGUGGUCAGACUAUUCGUGCAUCCAUUUACACAAAUGGAGGAACCUUGGUAUGUGAGGCAUUUUCAAAGGUUGAAGUAGGAAUUCCAUCAAUGGUGACCCUGAAUCUGCAGAGCGAGUACCUUUGUGUUGGGUGCCAAAUGCCUGUUUUCCCCGCAUUUCCUAAGGUGAGCCUUUGUGUAUCCACCGAGAGUUCUAUUCUUCGGUAUAUGCUGCUAAUUAAUGCUUAUAAUAUCAGGGAGAUCUGUUUUCAUUCUAUGAGGUAUGCAAAAAUUACAGUUGGAGCGUGGACAAUGAGAAGGUAGGAGAAACUUUCUUGUUUCAUUGCCUUUCUUUGAAGUAUUACUAAAUGUUAUUCGAUGCUAAUAUUCUUCAAGUGAUAAAAGACACUCUUUUUCAUGUGUAGGCGUUGAACUUAGGAUUUCCUCAAUACUCCCGCAUGGGAAGUCAUUUGAAGGGAGAACGUUUUUAUAGUUUGGACAACAAAGACUACGGAUUUAUCAACUUCCUGCAUGGCAGGUAUUCUCAACCACUCUGUCCGUAUUUUUCGUGAUCACAGUCAUUGGAAGAACAUGUUCACAUUUCAAGAUUGACAGUGCCAGGCCUAUUUGAUUGAUCUUCUAUUAUUUUCUUUAAUUACCUAUAAUGUUUUUGGAUUAAAUAAUAGAAGUUUACUUUCGUGAUCCUCAAAUAUUGCACUAGUUUUUCAGAAGUGAGCUUGAGAAAAUAUACAAUAUAUUCUGACACUGGGACUAAUGUUGUGUUUGAUGCCUCCAAGCUGAAAGGAACAUUUGAACUAGUUUUCUUUCUGAAUUGUCUAGCUACUUGUGUUUAGCCAUGUUUAGCCAUGUUUAGCCAUGUUUAGCCAGCCAUAGUUUCUACUUGUGGAGUGUAACAAGAAGUAUUUUUGGAAGGCGUAGCUUCCCAAGACUGAAAUAUUACAUAAUUAAAACAUCUAUGUGAGAUCUACGGGUAACCUUUGUCUGGUUGUUGAGCUGUCUUUAUUUCUCUUCGACAUUGACUGGUUUUACUAGACAUUGUUGAGGGCGACCUAUACUAACUAGUAUGACUUAGUUUUCUUAGGUUUUCUGGUUUUAUUGUAACUUGAACUUUAUCCAAUUUAUGGAAUCUUUCUGCUUGGAAAAUAGCGAGGAUGAAUUCCUGCCAAUUAGGAAAAUGUUGGCCCUCUAGAGGGAGGACCAGAUUGGCCCAUUCAUUUUCUGUCAUGCGCUGCUGAGAAAUUCCUCUAUAUCAGGGCCUCCAUACUUCACCUAUGCCAAUCACAAAAAGAUAGGCUGCUGGUAGAAGCAUCUGCAGUAGAAUAAUAAGAAGAGGUGCGUGAAGAAGGAUAUCUGCUGGCCAACCUACUGUCAGCUAAACAUCAGUUGGCUAGGGGGCGUGAAUGGCUGGAAGACGAAAUGAAUCUCUUGAGAGUUCCUCUUUGCAAAACCCUUCUCCAUGAUCAUUUGGGGGAAGGUUUUAUUGAAAUGACCUGAUUACCCUCAUUGUGCAGUAAUGCUCUGAGCCAUUACAAUCUUCUUUUCAUUAACGGUGAGGAAUAAUGAAGGGCAAAAAUGCCCGGAACAAUAUGAAGUUUGAAAUAUUUUAGUCUUUUGGGCACCUUGAGAUGUCUACAAAUGUAGUCCAAAGUCUUUAAAGAAGCACUUGAAGAAGAUAUUGACGAUGGAAAAGAGAUUAGAGGGAGAACGAAAACGAGGGGGGACUUCACUCAGGGAAAAGUUGAGGAUCAUCCCACUCAAAACAAAACCCCUGGCCUAGCUUGAUUCAAGAUGUCUAGGUCAUAUCCACAUUAAUUUGUAGGCCCAGCUUACUUGAAAGAAGCUCAGAUCUAAGCCUGUUUCAAAAAUCCGUAUGAAAUAAUGAAAUAAACAAGACCUUAUACACGUACCUUCUGUCCAAUGGUCAAAUAUAUUCCUAAUGAACUUAUAGAACUUAUUUUUAAUGAUCUGACUCAAUAUAAACGUCUUUAUACGAUCUUUUGUUAGUCGUGUGUUUAAUAGCCAAUAUGACUAAAUGUCCACUUUGUGCUUUGCAAUUAAACCGAUUGUUAAUGAGCUUGUGAAUCUUAUGUGGACCGUGUGGCUAGGGAUAUAGUGUAAUAGUAAUUACUUAGCUUCUAUGAAUUUACGUCGGUUGCUAGUGAUAUGACUUAGUGAUAAUAGGGCCAUAUAAUUUUAUAUGGACUUUGUGAAUUUUGUAUCUUGUAGCCAAACUUAUUAUUGGCUUGCAAACCGUGUGUGCCUAGACAUCCCAACCCAGUGGUAGUGGGGUCAAUGGGCCUUAUGUGGGCAUUAUUCUCGGUAAUUGAAUCUGUUGUUAACAGAAGUUAUUUUGCAUUCUAAAACUGGUCUUAUUACAUGAAUUAUGAAAGGUUUUUAAACCAUAUUGAUUCAUUAUUUUAAAAUUUGAUGACAUCAUUUUUCGGUCGCUAAUUGACGGUUUUUUUGUUGAGAGAAUAUAAUUAACUCCAACUUCAGUGAGUGGGAAGGAUCCAAAUUCAGGUAAACAUACGAAGUUCAAUUCAUUUGUCUGUCAGACAUCAGUAUGAGAAGAAAUAUUCUCAAGUCUGUUAAAAUAUGUGACCAAAUAUGUUUGAAAGUCUUGUAUUGUUUAAUUCAUCUUCAGGAAAAGUAAUUCUAAUGAAACCUUUUCGUUAGAAUUAUGUCGUGUCAAUUGUGGAAGAGUUAAGUCACGUAGUUAAAAUAUGUGAGCAUUCACCCUUCAACCAGCUUGUUUUGGGUUUGGUAGCCUUUUUACAUGAUAUCAAACUGUUAGAUUCCAUUGGGAAAUGUGCCCCAUCUACAUUGUAUGCAUGACAUCCAAGAGUGGUCUGCACCGGAGGUGUCAUUUUAUAAUAAUAAUAAAAGUUCCAAUUGCAAUAAUGCUUCCAGACUAGAUUAAUCAGAUCUUUCGAUCUGGAUUUCUCAAUAAAGUGGAAGACGUGAAAUAGAAAUAUCAGCACUUAUGCCUUUUAACAUGGCUGGUUAAUAUUAGAACUUUUUUUCUGAAUACUGCCCCAACUUCUAUUGGCAUUCAACAAGGAAGAUGCUAAACCGAUUUUAGAAUGCCUCAGAUGAUUAGCAUUCGAUUUUUGUGCUAUUUCUUUGAUGAGUUUUCUUUGUUUUUUUUGCUUUCUUACCAUCUGGUAAUUGCUUUCAAAUAGGUAAAUGUCGAACCAUACUUAGCAGCUUAUUUCGUCAUUGAUUUUCAACUUAUGGUAUCAAAUAUCUCCACUUCACAAGCGCAACUUUAAUGCUCUUAAUUGUACCUAUUGCGUCAGGUCAAAUCUAGCUCUCAACUUAUAUGUGCCCGCACUGUUGAUAAAGUCGAAUACCAUUGAUCUAGUUUGUGUUCGUGAACUGCUAACCGUUAGUUUUGAUCUUUCCAUCUUUGAAUUUAUGCAUCUGUUUCAGUGACUACAUAUCAGUUGACAUUUUGAAGCAUUGUAUUCUUAUUUAAACGAUAGAUUGUGUUAAUAACUCUAUAUCUUUGCUUGCGCAUUCUUUUGUACAGAUCUGAAGGCAUAGCAAAGGUCUCUGUCUCAUUUUCCUGUCAUUUUAUCACUUCUGGUGGUCCAAUGGCGACUUAUUUUGACGCAUCUCAGUCGCUAACAGUAGUGCCUGAGCUCCCUCUUGCUCUUGGCUUGCCAAUAACUUGGGUUCUUCCACCAUUCUAUACUAGUUCGGAUCUUUUGCCUGGAUCAUCUGAAUCACGCAGGCAAUCAGACUUUCACAACAAGAAAACAAGUAUUAUGUAUUCCUUGUUAUCAUCAUCUGGAAAGGAUGGCCUUGUUCAACAGGAUGCAAUUGUGAUUGCUGGAACCAAAAUCAAAACGAAAGAGAGUAACACUCUGGGAUGUAUUCAGGCAAAAGACCAAUCUGGUAGACGUGAAAUUGCAUCAUGUGUCAGAGUAGCAGAGGUACGAAUGUGUGCACAUUGUACGACUGAUGCGUGUAAAUUUUCACUUGAUAUUUUAUAUUAAAAAUCUUACUGUUUUUCUUGCCUUCUUCCUCAUUAUCUCCAAUAUCCAAAACCAUGAGCAGGAAGAAUGUUAUCUUGUCUUAUUUAAAGUAAUACAACAUUCGGAUGAAUUAGCGAGCAAUAUUCUUCACUCUUCAUGUAAAAAUUACCUUUAAAAUAUUAAAUAAUGAGGACUUAACCUGAAACAUGAGAAUUUUGAGAGAGGCCCUUAAUAGAUGGCUUUAUUUGGAGGGAUUUUGGCCUAUGGUAGUGUUCCAUAAAUCGGAUCUCGUUGGACAGCCACUUUCCUUCCUCGUUGAGCCAAGACCAGCUAUCUCGUAGUGAUUUGAUCCGCAUCUGUUCAACUGGUAUCAAAGUUACAGUGACCUGAUUAAGGACUGAUUUAUGUCUUUCUUUUUUCUUUUAUAUUCGACAGCAUUUUCACAUUUACAUUAGUUGGGACCAAAAUCAUCGAACUGCUUGAAAUGGAAAAGAUAGGUGAGCAUAUUAUGAUCUGGUUUGGUGAUAGAGUUUUUAGAUGUCCUAGCCUAUGACUCCGUGCACGUAUAUCUAGAGGCGGCAGCAGAUCUAUAUAAGAACGCUGACGGUAAUGAAUGCCUCCAUAGCUUGCUGUACGCCACCAUAAAAGCCUUUAAUGUAAAUCAUUUUAGGUUCCUGAGGAUCAAGAUUAUCAGUGUGUGAUAGAUGAUUCACCAUUUCCAGUAAAUGUUUUCUGGCUUGUGAUAGCCCUUCAAUUCUCUUUGGGACAGCUGAAUUCAAGGGCAAUCAUAUGCUUUUUGGACUGUCUGACUUUACCAGUGUUGUAUGACAUUGAAUUGCACAAUGGGUUCCAUUGAUAUCUAGUACCAGUCUGUGACGAAUAGAAACCCAGUUUGAACAGUUCUGAGUUGCUAAUUAUUGAUGAACAUGCCAGAAGGUGCUUUUUCUCAUGUAGGAACUGAAGUUUUAAAAAAAUUCAGUAACCUUGUAUCUGCUGGAUUUGAACGUGUAAUCCAUUUGAAAAAUAUGCUCAACUCUUUUCUUUCUUGACUAGGUGGCCCAAGUAAGAGCAACAGCAGGAUCUUCUUCCUCUCAUGUUGCUUACCUUUCAUCAAAUGAUAAACUUGAGGUUAUCAUUGGUUACUGUGACAAUUUAGGUGAAUUCUAGAUAGCCUAGUGAUUACUCUCGAAGGUUUUAAAUUUCUAAUAUCAGAAAAAUAACUGAACCAUUGUUUUCUUUCCUCUUUGGUAGGAUAUCCUUUCUUUGAGGCUUAUGGCGUGGCUACAUUAGAUAUUAAGACCAAUUACCCUAAUGUGGUUUCUAUCCAUGUACCGAGAGGUGAGAAUAGAAGCCAUGGUGGUGAAGCUGUUCAUCUUCAGGUAAUUUUUUAUUGACCUUUAGCAUGGGGCUUAAGUAUGCGCCCACUAAUUACAUUAAUAUUUAAAGGAUAUCUUAAUAUUUCAUUAUUUUAACUUUUUUCUGCUUUUCCACUGCGGGUAAAAAUUUGAAGGCCAAAAGUCGCGGUAUGGCUCUUGUUAAGAUUUCUAUCAACCAUGAUCCACUGAAGGCUGUCUACGUCUUGGUAUCACCUAUUCUGAUCGCUAUGCAUUACUGUCAAUAAUAUUAGUUAGGAGCACGAGGUUGUUUAAUUUUAGGACUCACUGUCUCUUUAUUCGUAAUUACAGUAGUAGCCAUGAUGAUGAAAUAUUAUUUAUGAUUUUCUGACAUUAUAAUGUCCUGUAUCAUGGCCAGGUGUUGGUGGGUUCUCAGUUGUAUCCAAUGAAUCCGCUUCUGUAUGUUGGAUGUGUUCUGAAAUUCAGUACGACUGAAGUUAAUGGUAAAUAUUUUCCUCAUCUUUGAGAAUCCUUCUAAGUUAAAAUAUUCCAUGUUAUCUGUAAUUGUUUCAUGAUGUUUAUUAUGACAUUUGAAUUAAUCAGUUGAAUACGAUGAUUUAUUUAUUUUUAUUUCAUCUGACUUCCCAUUGCAUAUUGGAGGUUGUUAACCGUUGGCUCUAAUUUUUAACUCUCACUAUAAUUACUGCCACUACAGCUAGCAACAUUUCUGAGACAGAUCUAAAUUCACGCAUUUAUUUAAUAUGCAGUGAUGUCGGCAUUGUAAAAUAAAGAAUUAAUCCGUUAGCCUUGUGAUUUCGUCAUAUUAAAAAUUAUCAUUGAUAUUCCCAGUAAGAAAUUUGUGAUAAUAUGUAGAUUUACAGUUGAACCCGAAUUGAGCUUGAGAGGAUCACAUAGGAGCUUAAUGAAAGGAAUGCUUGAAAUUUCAUUCAGAAUUAUUCGAAAGGUGGAUCGCAGAAGAGCUCUCUCGAUUAAGUCUUUUGUUUUCCCCUUUUUAAUAUUUUAUGUCUUUAUGCUUUUGGCCAUAUCAAUAAACGGAUCAGCUUGCGUUCCAAUGAGAUGUAGCCCACUACUGCCACACGUUGUUUUAUUGAGGACAGCUUGCAUAUGGUGUUUACAGGAUUGAAAGACUUGGUCACUGGGCAUUGGCUAAGUGCCAAUGAAAGUGUCAUAUCUAUUGACAGGCAUUCUGGGAAAGCUCAUGCUCUUGCUGAAGGUGCCGCUCAGGGUACUGGAUCUAAAUUCUCUUUCUCUUGAACUAUCAUCAUUGAACUCUAUUUUAUAUUGAAACUUUAUAUCUGACGUUGGUAUGCUCUAUUUGUUGACAGUGAUCUAUGAAGGCCCUAAUUUAAAAUUACAGACAACCGCUACUGUGAAGAACAUGGACGUGGUUACCGUGAACCCUCCAGCAGAGAUUCUAACCAAUGUUCCUUUCCCAAAAAAUGGGCACAAGUUCUCCCUACACUUCAGGUUUGUGGGGACCGGCCCAUUGGUUGCUUCAAACGCUUCUAACUAUCCAUUUGUUAGAGUUUUUCAUGUCUAGAAAUGACAUCUAUUUACUUUCACUGUAUCUACACAAGUUUCCAAAACUCGUCUCACUCAUUUUCCGCUUUAUUAGUGUUAAGCUCUUGUCUGUUGAUCCUACUUUGGGCAAAUGUUGUAGAAUUUUCUUCGUUUAUAUAUGUAUUCUCUGUAUUUAAUAUCUGCUACAUAAUUGGUAACAUGGUUCAACAUUUUUCACUUUCAUGAAGAAAUGAUCCCAUCUGCCUCCAGUCCGAUUCCAACAUGCCUGAUCUUGAUGUUUCAUAUGACUGCAAUGUAAAUCCGCCUUUUGUCGGGUAAGCUUUAUCCUCCUUUCUGCUCUUUGUUUAUCGAAACUGAGCUCUUUUUAAUUUAUCCUCCCUCUGAUGGGUUUUUUUUUUUUUUUUUUUUUGGUUCUUCUGUGAACUUCAGCUAUGUUACACCAUGGAGGGAUAAUGCUACUGGCACAUUAUAUUGCAUCUUCUUCCCAUACUCUCCAAACUAUUUGGUCAAUUCUCUGCCCAAGAUCAAGGACAAUAGCAGGGAGCUCAUGACUUCCACCAGAAAUGGAAUGCUAUUUGUUUCUGUAACUGUAUCACCGAAAGGGGCACCAGAUCUUUUGGGAUCUGGCCAGGUUCUUUUCAUAGGAGGAUUUUCUGUCUCAGAAGACAAGGUAAUAUGAUGAUGGAAAAUAUGAUUUUCUUUCAUUCGAUAUUUUGUUAUAACACUAAGAGUAUGAUCAGUAAAUAGAUAUAUCAUGCUAACAUCAAUACAGUUGACUUUUACCCGAGACUUCAACAAGACACUUGUGACGGUCAUGGGAAAUACAGGUUCGUCUUGGUCAUAUUCUGUUUCUCCUUGGAUGAGUACCCUUCUUUGAUGAUGAUGAUGAUGAUGCUUGUUUAUGUCAUUGUUUUCUCUAUGAUAGAUGUGGAAAUACAUUGGGAUGCCAAGCAGCAGCUUUCUGUGAAGCCAGUUCAGAAAGAUCACUUUGGCAUUGCGGGGCGCGCAGAAUAUGAGGUGGAUGCUUGCCUUCACCAUAACUCUUCUCUCAUGGAAUAAUGUUACAUAUUUUCUGAUAUGUUCGUGAUCCUUCAGGUAGAGGUUUUGAGAGGCGGUCGCUUCUCUGACAAAAUCACCAUCAAGCUUCCAGCUACUGGUACAUCGUCGAUCCCAUCCAUCCUUCAGCAUGAUGCUAUGCGGUGUUUAGUUAUCUCUCUCAUUUUCCAAUGCUCUUUAAUGAAAUCUCAUAUAUUUUAUAAUAAUUUUCCUUAUUUAGUAACUUUAGCCUUGGCAUUAGAUAUAUAGGAAUGGGCGAGCAGCCUGAGCAUUCAGGGUUGACUUUCUUAAAAUAUAUGGAUCAUAUGGUCUCCGCUGUUCUUCAUUCAUUCUCAUCCAUCCCACCAUUGGAACCAAAUAAUUACUUGCAGGUCAGACCGUCCACAUCAGCGUGAGCUACGAAGACGACGGAGAGAGAACCGCCCCCGGAGAGAGAACCAAUCUCUUAUGGGCUGCCGUUCUGGUCUGCCUGGUUCUGCUGGCGCUGACCGUUCUGGUCUUCGUGAGAUUCCUGGAGACACCAUGGAGCAGCAGGCCGGCGCCAUCGCCGCCGCCGUCACGUCCACCUGUACCAGCUGUCGCGGGACCCUCGACACCUGGCACCCGAUCAUCAUCGCCACGUACGCCGCAGCCGUUUGUGGAAUACGUGAGGCGCACGAUCGACGAGACCCCCUACUACAGAAGAGAGGGCAGGAGGAGAUUCGAUCCCAAUCGCACAUACUAG